UGGCACCUUUAUUAACCCAAGUGUGUCCAGCAAAGCAGGAUUGAUCACAAAUGAUGAAGAGCUGAGGAUUGUGAUGGUGGGAAAGACUGGAAUCGGAAAAAGUGCCAGUGGAAACACGAUACUGGGUCGAAAGGCUUUUGAGUCAAAGUGCGGUGCUCAGUCUCUGACUGUUCUCUGCAAAAAAGAACAAGCUUUGCUGGGUGGACAGAAGGUUGCUGUCAUUGACACCCCAGGUCUGUUUGACACCAGAUACGACGAGGAGAAAACCACCAAAGAUCUGAGUCAGUGCAUCUCCUUUGCUGCUCCUGGACCCCAUGUCUUUCUGGUGGUCGUCAGUGUGGGAAGGUUCACUGAAGAGGAAGAGAAGUCAGUGGAGAAGAUUCAACAAGUCUUCGGUGAGGCUGCAGACAAAUACAGCAUGGUUCUCUUUACUCGUGGUGAUGACCUUGAUGAAACCAUUGAAGAUUUCAUGAAAGGAUCACCAGGCCUUCAGCAACUUGUGGCCAGAUGUAACAACCAGUAUCAUGUCUUCAAUAACAAGGACAAAGAGAAUCGUUCUCAGGUCAAUGAGCUGAUGCAGAAGAUUAGGAACAUAGUGAGGCAAAAUGGAGGAAGUCAUUACACCAACAAGGAUUUCCAAAAGGCAGAAAGAGCAAUAGAGAAGGAGAAACAGCGUAUCCUGAAAGAGCAGGAAGACAAAAUACGCAGAGAACAAGAGGAAAUGAAACGAAAAAUAGAGGAAAAAUAUGAGAAACAGACUCUACCAGUCUGUGGGUGA